CAGGGCUCCAAACCUUCUCACCUGGUACCUGCCAGUGAUGAGCUGCCUCUGCCUCACCCACGACUGAUCAGUGAACCGCUGCGCUGCUCGGCCUCUUUUCCUAGUGCUGUCUUUCCCACUCGCCCGCCGCGCCCCAUCCAUCAUCCCUCUUCUUCUUCUCUUCUUCCCACUCCUCCUUCUCUCAUAUUGUGACCUGCUUGUUCGUCUGCGCGUCCCUCUUAGUCUUGCAGUGCUACUUGCUUUCCUGCUUUACAUCAAUUGGCGCCCUGCUUCUCGGAGUUGCUCGAGUUUGCCGUCUGAUCUGUGGCUUUGGCUGUCAUUUGGGCCCAUCUACCACCGCGCAUUUUGAUCCGACUUCGAAAUCAACUUCAGUUCUCCCAGACGCUUUGCUAUUGUUGCACCUUGCAGCCUUUGAAAACUUCAACCUUCGAAUAUUCUUUCGUUGCAAAAGUUGGUCAAGUGUUCUUAGGGCGCCCAACUAUCAUAAUCUUCGAACGUUCCUUCACAGCGAAUUCCGUGUGAAAGAGCUUUCAUCAAAUCAAUCUCAGAACCAGACCUAAUCUGCGAAACCUCCUCGUUAUCUCUUCUGUCAGUAUGUCUUUCGAAUACGGCCAGUUCCCGAACGCUCAGCAGGAGGCUGCGCCGGGACAAAUUCCUCCUCCUCAAGAUGGCGCUGCUCCAGGCCAGCCAACGGAUCCUUCUGCUCAACAGCAGAUGGCCUUCCAAUCCCCCGACCCGAACGUGAAUGCAGCACCCCAGCCUGGUUCAGGAGGCGAGCAGAAGACCACUCUCUGGAUGGGUGAACUCGAGCCAUGGAUUGAUGAGAACUUCGUCCGCAACCUGUGGUUCCAGAUGGGUGAGCAAGUUAGCGUCAAAAUGAUCCGUGACAAGUUUUCUGGUAGCAAUGCCGGUUACUGUUUCGUCGAUUUCUCCUCUCCUCAAGCAGCUGCCAAGGCUCUCCAGCUCAGUGGCCAGCCGAUGCCAAACUCUACCCGCCCUUUCAAGCUCAACUGGGCUACCGGUGGUGGUCUGGCCGAUCGUCGCGAUGACCGUGGUCCCGAAUACUCCAUUUUUGUUGGCGACUUGGGCCCAGAGGUCAACGAAUACGUCCUCGUGUCUCUCUUCCAGAGCCGCUUCCCAUCUUGCAAGUCGGCCAAGAUCAUGACCGAUCCCCUUUCUGGCAUGUCGCGUGGCUAUGGUUUCGUCCGCUUUUCCGACGAGGGUGACCAGCAGCGUGCCUUGACCGAAAUGCAGGGAGUUUACUGCGGUAACCGUCCCAUGCGCAUUUCCACCGCCACCCCCAAGAACAAGGGCUUGCCGAUGCAAGGUGCCAACAUGGGUAUGCCAGGUCCUGCUGGUCCCAUGGGAUACCCACCAAUGGGAGGGCCACCAAUGCCGUACUACGGGCAGCAACAGACUCCUCAGCCAAUGAACCAGUUCACCGACCCAAACAAUACCACUGUUUUUGUCGGUGGCCUGUCUGGAUAUGUCACCGAGGAUGAGUUGCGUUCCUUCUUCCAAGGAUUUGGCGAGAUCACCUAUGUUAAGAUUCCACCUGGCAAGGGCUGCGGUUUCGUCCAGUUCGUCCAACGACAUGCGGCGGAAAUGGCCAUCAACCAGAUGCAGGGAUAUCCUAUUGGCAAUUCGCGCGUCCGUCUGAGCUGGGGCCGAAGCCAGAACAACUCUGGUCCCGCUGGCACUCCUUACCGCCCUGCCCCUCCUCCACCGAUCUACCCAUCCAUGGGCUUGCCCCCGGCUCACUCAUACGGCAGUUAUGCCCCGAUGAAGUGAUGUUGUCAUGAUCUAUCCACAGCGUAGCAGGCGAGUUACCGCAUGGUCUUGCUCUUCUGUAGGGACGGAAAUCACAAUCACGAUCACGUUUUCUUUUGUCAUUGGAAGCAACGCAGCAAUCGAAAUUUAGCGUCACCGCCGGUAUGGGAGGAUGUCUGUGCAACAAAAGUUCUUUCAUUCAUUUGCGCGCGCGAUGACCCCUUGCCCCCUUAUUGCGAGAACGGUCUGUUGGCUGUGUACAACAACAAUCAUGGCUUUUCGUCUUUUGCUCGACCGUGACGAUAUCAACGAGAUCAGCAGGUGCUUGGAAGAUGUAACGGUGGAGGAUGGAGCAUGAACUGGCGAGCGACGGUGAUGGUUUUCAUUGGCAUCUUUAACUUGACGAUUAAGUCUUGGAGCUCUGAAAUGGCUACGACUCUUUCAACAUGGCCAGCAGGAAUCCAGCCGGUAGAGGCCACAGCAUACGAGAAACCAUCAGAUACUGAAUGAAACUGAUAUUGAGCAUCAUG